AUGCUAACAAAAUUUUCAGGACACAUUGCCUGCCUAUUAGACAAGCCAGGCAAUUCAAGACAAGUUGGCUCUUCCCUCAAGCAUUGUUCAGCUAUAAUUGAAGACUUGAACCAAGGAUUUGAAUCUAGUGAAGAAGAAUACCUAGAUAUUAACUUGCUUCCGUGGUGGCGAGUACUUCUGAGUUCGGGCAAGAUUUCUCCACGUGAGAAGUCUGAGAGCCAGUAUGUUCAAGCAGACAGAUUACGGCAAGAAAAUAUUCCCGUUUCACCAGCACAUUUGGUUGAUUUGGAAGAGUACGGCUGGUUUCCUGAUGAAGUUGAUCUAUGA